AUGCAUGUGCCGCAGCAUAUUACAGUUGCGGGUGACACUGAACAACAGAACUAUAAAAAGCAACGUCAAACACAUAUCGAAGGUGAUAAGUAUGCUUAUCAGAUGAAUGUACCAGAAAGAAUUCUUGUUGCUGGUGGUAAUGAAACACGUGCCGAUCGUGCGCCACCAUCUGAAGUUAUGCUUGAUCGUAUGGCGAUUCUCUAUCCAACUACUGAAUUAGCCAGUCCGCCAACCAUACUAACACUUGACAAUACGCCAUGUCCGGAAAUUGCUGGUGAUGCGCCUUCUCCUAAAGAUUCUCCUCCUUUACAAGAACUUUCAUCAUCACUGGCGAUAGAACAGAAUCCUUUACGUGAACUGAAGUUAAUGAGACGGCAGUUAGGGCGCUUGUCGACACGUUUGUAUCAAUUAGAAGAUGACUUCGAGCGCAGAAAAACGAAAGAAUCAUUGUUGUGGACAUAUGUGUUCAGUAUUACUGGCCUAUUUUUAUAUUUAUUUUUUAAGAAAAAGGUCUAG